AUGAGUCGACUGCAAAAUCUAGAAGAAUUGGUGAAAAAUCUCAGCGCCGAAUUACACCAGGCGCGAGUUGCCGGGAGUCACAGCGUUCAUGGUUCAGCAUCGCCCUCAUCGACACAGGCGUGGCCGGCUCAACCGCAACAAGCCGCGUCGCCGGCCUCGACCGGCUCCAACUCACAAGCACAUAGACAGCCGGGGCGACUCAUCCCUGGAGACUUGGGUCAGAGCCAGUAUGUCGCAAGUGGUUUUUGGUCGCAGAUUAGUGACGAGCUUGACUCACUCAAAAUCGAGACCGAGCGACUGGUAGAUGGUGAAUCUGAUACGUCUGACGACGAAGUUUCCUCGCCAGCGACAAAUCCAUCUACUCUUGAACUGGACCGUACACCUGCGCAGCGCCACGCUUUCAUGUUUGGAAGCAACUUACGCCAGCAAGCCAGUGUUCGAGACUGUCAACCUCUUCCAUCCCAAGUUCCGUUCCUGAUCGAUAUAUUCGCCACGAAUGUGAACACGAUCGCGCAGGUUGCUCAUAUUCCGACUGUUCGAAAAUUGAUUCGUGAAGUCCCUGGUGGGGACUUGUCAGCUCUGACUUCUACGGAUUCGGCGCUCAUGUUCGCCAUUUACUAUGCCGCCGUUACAUCUAUGGAAGAGGCUGAUGUUAGUCUCAAUUUCGGAACAACGAAAGCGAAACUCAACUUAAAAUUCCGCGUUGGCUUUGAGCAAGCGAUGGCCAGCGCUGACUUUCUCAACAACCCAACUCUUGUUCUGGUUCAGGCAAUAGCGAUAUUUUUGUUUCUCGCUCGUCGCCAUGACAGCCCUAGGUUUAUUUGGAUGAUGGCGGGCAUUGCGAUUCGGAUGGCACAGGCUAUCGGCCUCCAUCGUGAUGGCAGCCACUUUCCAAACUUGACACCUUAUGAAAUUGAGAUGCGGCGACGAGUCUGGUGGGCACUUAUCAUGAUUGAUGCUCGCGCAUCAGGGGAUCAGGGAACAGAUCUCACUAUCCUACAAGAUGGAUUCGACACUCAACUGCCACUCAACAUCAAUGAUAAUGAUAUUAGUCUUGACACAAAGGUAAUGCCAGAAGAGCGAGAAGGAAUCACCGACAUGACAAUCACUCAAGUAUCUUGCGGUCUAGUAGACGUCGAAAGGAAAAUGAUUGCGAACCAAAAAGAAGGCUCAGCAUCGCCGGAAAUGUCGAGUGCAGUAUUUGACCAGCUAUUCGCAAGAUUGGAUCACAGCUACCUGCGGUACUCGAAUCCGAAUGGCGACAUCAUAUACUGGGUUGGCGUUAUCAUCGCACGACUAGUUGCUGCAAAGAUGACGCUUGUUUUGUACCUGCCAACAAUCAUGUCUGCACCGCAGGAGCUGUCAUCGAACCAACAAAGAGACAGACUACUCGUCGCUGCCAUUGAAGUGGCCGAAUAUAACCAUGCGCUCAAUGAUGAAGAAAAAUGCAAACAUUGGCGUUGGGUUUUCCAGACAUACACCCACAUCUACGCCAUUGUUUACUUGCUUCUCUCUGCGACCCAACGACCGUGGUCGCCGCUCCUGGAGCGUGCAUGGUUCGCCUUGCAGAGUCAGUGGCUGAUACCUGCGCAGUACAAAGCUGAUAAAACCGUCAACAUUUGGGUGCCAAUCAGGAAGUUGACCGUCAAGGCCCGACGACACCGUGACGCAGAAUUCAGGCGGUUGCGCCAGGACCCGGCUGCUGUGCAACGACUUGAUGAAGAGUAUCGGCAGACGACCCAGCCAGCUAGCCCUGGCCCAUUUCCUGGCCAAGACAACAUCGAGUGCAUUCGCUCGCGCUGGCUGGGUAUCGUGACCCUGUCCCCGGGCGCUGUCAGCACAAAUGAAUUACCAGCGGCGCCCAGUAGUAACUCUGACUCAACUCAAACUGGAGCACUAAAUUUGCCUCAGUUUCAGAGUACCUACCCUGCUGCUCUCGGCCGCGACGGGCCGACGGCCGACGGCAUCUACGGCCAUCAGGCGAGCCAACCUCAAGGCUCUGUCCCAGGCACAGAUCCAGCUAUUGUUCCUACAAGUGCGGGACUUGAGCCUUGGCUAUGGGCUGAGAAUGAACCCGCCUCUGGAGUUUUCUCAGACCUGGGUGUAAACGAGAUGGAUAUUCUUGAUAUGGAUCUAGACACUGAUAUCGACUGGUCCAGCUUGCUUGCGACAGCGGAGCUGAGCUAG